AUGAUAAAAAAAAAAAGCUUUUUUCAUGAAAAGGCCAUCAGACCCAUUGUUAGCAAAAGGAAUACCAAUUUGGUCAACAUAAGAAACAUAAAUGAAUUAAAAGAAGAAUUAAAAGAUAAAAUUUACACAAAUAUAUAUUCGUACAACGCUAUAUGUGAAGGUAUAUACAUCAAUAGAGGGAUAAAUGAAAUAACAGGAAGAAGAAAUUGCGGGAAAACUAGUCUCUGUUCACAUAUAUGUGUGAACCUGUUUUUUAAUGAUUUGUUGCAUUAUUUCCACCUCUUUUAUUCUACCUAUUUUGAUUUUGAGAAUUUUAUAGAAAAUAAAAGUAUUGAAAAUAUUUUUUCUUCCAAAACGGCUGACCGUUUGUAUGCAAUAAGGGAAGAGUUCAUUCUAGAAAACAAAAACUUUAAGGACUUCAAACAGUUGAUAAAAUACUUUAUCUCUCAGUUUAUCAAGUUAUAUGGAAAUGAGAGAAGUACACACAUCGAAAAUAUACAUCAGAGUGAUCAUAACAAAAGAAAAAUAUAUCGCCAUGGCAACAAUAUUUAUGGGCAGAAUCAUGAGAUUCAUAGUGAAUGCUUUUCCAGACGGAGAGUUAUCUAUGUAGACUUAGACAACAGCUUUUACAUUGAGAGAUAUAAAAAUAUGAUCCAUGCAUCCAUUGAAAAAAUAAAAAAAUUACAAAACAGAUACAUGGAUUUUUGCAAAGAAAAAAAAUGUUCCCUUUUCCUACUCCUCCUAGAGUGCGAUAAGGAAAUGAAGAGUAGUUUAGUAUCACUGUAUAAGAAAUAUAGUGAAUCGUAUGAUCCGUUCAUAAAUAUUUUUAAUGAAUAUUUAGAUAAGUACAUUAAUAGUCUUACCUUUUUUGACGUAUUUAAAAAUUUGCAAAUAUUAAAAAUAUUUAAUUUUAAUGAACUCUUCAAUAUUAUACAUUUCAUUAGCAACGAAUUACAAAAAUACCAAGAGCGAUCGAAUAAAUAUUUCAACAAAUACGUACCACCAGAUUUAGGAGGAAUUGUUUUAGACAACAUAAAUUAUUUAUACAAAAUACACAAGCCUGUGAAAACGCAGGGCGAUAACGAACUUCAUAUGUUGCUAAAAACUUUAUGUAAAUUAUCAACAGAUUAUAGAAUAUGUGUUAUGAUAACUAACAAUGAUAAUAAAUAUUUUAAAAAAAAGGAAGAGAAAUUCCGAAAAAUUUAUUCAAAAUAUGUGUAUAAUCAUAUAGUAGUUAAAUUCAUUAAUGAAAAGAGAUUUUUUGAAUUUAAUUUUCCCACAAAAAAAAAAAAAAAAAAUACGGAUAGUAAGAGCAACUCAUCAAGUGACCAAAGCUUGAAUGACCUCUCAGGAAAUAUCGAUUGUAGUGAUGAAGCUAAUGUUCGCAAUGUUGAAGAAGAUGACGAUGUUGGUCAUUUUGUUUACAAAGACGAUGAAAAUGAUGCCUUUUUUAAAAAAAGAUAUAACCAAAGGUAUAUUAAAAUAAAAAAAAAAAAAAAAACAUCAAAUUUCUGCUUUUUUGAAAUAAACGAAUUGGGUAUUGAGACCGUCCUCAUUUGA